UUGAUUUAGUCGCUUUGCAACUCUCUUGCUGAGUGCGCGUCCCUCUUCGAUCUCCACCCAGAGCUUGGAUGUAGAUUCCGUGUGUGUCUGUUGCUUGCCUCAGCGCUGCUAUCUCCACUUUUUCUACUCUCGAAUGUGUCCGGUCCGCCCGCGAUCGUCGCCCAACAAAUCCAAGACGCUGUCGUCAUCGAUCGUCAUCCGCGGUUCAAUUUGGGAUUCUGAAGUGUGUUGUAGAGCUUUGCUACAGAUUUUGGUGCGCAACGGAAGAGAAGUGCAGAGGGACCAUUGAGUGAUUUAAGUUCUAUUGCGAUUGCGCCCAGCCUGCUAAACUCUUUGUCGUUCAUUGUUGUGAAGUAAUCCUCCAGAAUCAUUGUCGGUGUCUUCCGGGACGUACGGCCCUUCUGGUACCGAACAAAGCCAUCGAAGUCUGUGUUCGUGAAUCGUGCAAAAACGCCUCCAGUUUUUCUUCGUUUUGGAUGGUUGAAUUUUUCUGCUCGCUUCUGGGUUGAGGGAGUUCACGGAGAAUAAUUAUUUUUAGUGAUUCUGUUCGGUCGCUCCGCUUUUGCCAACACAGUUGGCGGUGAUUUUCGUCGACAGGGUGUGACAGUUUUAGAAGUGUUGAUCGAGCAGAUCAUUAACAAAAUAUACAGUGAGAUAGUGAUCGUAAAUUAAACCAUAAACAGUACGCCAAGAUCGAAGCAGACCGAUUUAACGACCGGAACAUCGCAAAACCGUGCCCUUCUGAGGAUUCCAGCAAGAUCACAUCAAUGCUGAACCGCGAGAAUAUCCAGUUUUGAAAUCACACUCCGCAUGCUGCUCCGCUUCCAUCGGAAUAAAAGACCACCCGCAUCACAGAACAUCGACAUCGCUCGCCAUCGCAUCAUCACCGUCACCGAACCAGCCGGGGAUCAUCUUUCCUGCAGUAGUGCAUCACUCCUCAGCAAAGCUGAUCACGUCCAAGCGGCCGCGGUGCGCGGUGAGCCUCGUGAUCUCCUCCCAUUUUUUGGCGCGCUCGCUCUCUAUCUCCCGGUGCUGUAGUUUCACAGAACAGCCGCCAAAAUAGGUGCCAUGGGGAAAGACUACUACAAAACUUUGGGCAUCCCCAAAGGGUCGACGGACGAGGACAUCAAGAAGGCCUACCGGAAGCUAGCACUCAAAUACCACCCGGACAAGAAUAAAAGUCCCGGCGCGGAAGAAAAGUUCAAAGAAGUGGCAGAAGCGUACGAGGUGCUAUCCGAUAAGAAGAAACGUGAACUGUACGACAAGUACGGCGAGGAUGGACUGAAAGGAAGGGCAUCGAAUGGCACGACAAAUUCAUCACAAAACUUCACAUAUGAAUUCCACGGUGAUCCCCGGGCGACAUUCGCGCAGUUCUUCGGUUCCAGCAACCCCUUUGCGUCCUUCUUCGAUAUGCAUAAUGACAGUCUGUUCAACGACAGUCUAUUCAAUGAUGACGAAUUUUUCACAUCCUUCGGAGGACUGGGGAACCGACACGGGUUGGGAGGGGCAUUUAGAUCACACUCUUUCAAUGUGCACUCGCCGCUGAAGAAAGAAAAGGUGCAAGAUCCUCCGAUCGAGCACGACCUCUACGUGACGCUGGAGGAGAUUUACCAUGGCUGUGUUAAGAAAAUGAAAAUUUCCCGGAGGGUGCUCCAACCGGAUGGUAGUUCGAAGAAGGAAGACAAAUACGUCAGUAUAUCGAUCAAACCGGGCUGGAAGUGCGGCACCAAGGUCACCUUCCAGAAAGAAGGUGACCAAUCGAAAGGGAAAAUACCUGCCGAUAUAGUGUUUAUAAUCCGUGACAAGCCACACGUUUGGUUCCGGCGGGAAGGCAGCGACCUGCGGUACACGGCGAGGUUAACGUUAAAACAGGCCCUCUGUGGAGUCAUUUUCGAAGUGCCCACGAUGACGGGCGAGAAGCUACGCAUCAGUACAAAGCAGGAGAUCAUCAAACCGAACACGGUGAAGCGAAUCCAGGGCUACGGGCUUCCCUUCCCCAAGGAACCAUCGCGCAAGGGCGACCUGCUAGUGGCAUUUGACAUCAAAUUCCCCGACAAACUGACGCCGUCGGAGAAGGAACUGCUGAACGAUAUGCUGCCGAAUUCCUAGAUUCAGCAUCGUGCGUUAAUCAACGUUCGGACUUCCGAUGUAUUUUUGUUCUGUCCUUACCCCUGAUGGUCUUCCCGCGCUGGCACUAUUUGUACUCAACUCGAUCAGUUGAAUGAUUUUAUUUGUACAUUUUUUUUACAAUCACAAAUCUAUGUUAUUUAUCCUUAAUUUCAAGCGCAACACCAGUUGUAACACGUCGCUCUUCCUUUGUAAAUACAUUAACAGAGCUCAACACACUGCGAUGCUCGGUACUGACCAUUUAUUUGUUAAUUUAUGUUGUCAUAUGAUUUAGCAUGGUCGCGUUUAUUUUGCACUAAAUCGCUUACCCUUUCGUAUCGGUUCCAGAAGGGAUAAUGAAAAACGAUGUUGCAAUUCAAUCCUGAAGUAGAGGUGCCCUUCCCCUUAGGGUUCCCUCCGAAUAUCCCGCUGUUCGCUGUCCCCCGCCUUCCCUCACGCAUUCAAACACUCGGAAUAAAUUACCAAUUUAUAACUAAACUGAUGAUGAUGAUAAUAAUGAUUAUUAUUAUUUAAUUUAAACUCGCGUUAUCUGAUUCUUGAAAAUAUAUACUCUUCUACACAAACAAA